AGUGCAAGGGAACAUUUUACCCAGCGGGUUUGUGAAUGGAGAAUCCUGCAAGAUGGCGACUAAUGCAACUGCUAUAAACUUACCAUCUUUUGAUUGUCCAACAUGGGCAGGCAAGCCCCCUCCAGGACUCCAUUUGGACGUGAUGAAAGGGGACAAAAUGGUCGAGAAACUGAUCAUUGACGAGAAGAAGUACUACUUAUUCGGGAGGAACCCGGACAUGUGUGAUUUCACCAUCGACCACCAGUCAUGUUCACGCGUGCAUGCUGCCCUGGUCUACCACAAGCACCUGAAGAGGGUGUUCCUUAUCGAUAACAACAGCACGCAUGGUACCUUCCUGGGACACAUCCGCCUGGAGCCCAAUAAGCCUCAGCAGGUCCCCAUAGACUCCACCAUGUCGUUUGGGGCGUCCACGCGAGCCUACACCAUCCGGGAGAAACCUCAGAGCCAGCAAGGAACCAACGCUGCCACGGGGGACAGCAAGGCCGGAGAGGACGAGGAGGGGUCUAAGGGUCUCUUAGGGUUACCAGAGGAGGAGACCGAGCUAGAGAACCUGACAGAGUUCAACACGGCGCACAACAAGCGCAUUUCCACCCUGACCAUCGAGGAGGGCAACCUAGAUAUCCAGAGACCUAAGAGGAAGAGGCGGAACUCAAGAGUCACCUUCAACGAGGACGAUGAGGUCAUCAACCCGGAGGACAUUGACCCUUCAGUGGGGCGCUUCAGGAACAUGGUGCAGACUGCUGUCGUCCCUAUAAAGAAACAGAAAAUGGAGAGGCACGGCUCACUUAGUAUGGACGACGUUGUCACGAGGCGCAUCCACAACUACACCUUCGGCGGCGGCCUUUACGGGGACCUGCCACCCACCAGCCACGAGGGCCACCCCACCGGGGCCCCGAGCGGCGCCACUAUCCUGGGCGGUCUCCCUCUGCCCUUCCCAAACCCAGCCCCAGAGGUGAACCUGGCCCCGGACGCCCCCCAGCCACCUGUCACCCUCAACCCUGUCCCAGUCACAGGCCCCUAUCCCUCCGAGGUCCUCAACGAGCCCCGCAAGAAAAAGUAUGCCAAAGAGGCAUGGCCAGGCAAGAAGCCCACUCCCUCCUUACUAAUCUAACCCUCUCCCUACACUACGGCUCUUUCUCAAUUUGUCUUUCCUCUAUUCCUUGCGUCCUCUCUCAUGCAUUGGAGAAGAUCCAAGGCUGUUUCCUCUUGGACCUUCUCCAAUAUAUUUUGAGUCUGAGGCGAGGAGAGGACACGAGGAAUCCAGGAAAGCCGAAUUGGGAAAAAGCCUAUGUGGUGGAGGCAGGGCUGACUCUCAGGGUAUGGGCGGAGACAUCGGGGACCAUGACCCGUUGAAAGCGGAUUGAUUUUACUUAUAAGACUGUUUUGGGGAUUUUAUAGUUUUGUCAAUGUUUUCUACGUUACUUACUUCCUCGUUCUCCCAAAGACUUGAGUAGUACAUUCCAUGAAGACAGAAACACCACUCCUUCGGGAGCUGAAUGUUUGAUGCGUUUUACAAAUUAAGUCAUAUAAAAAAAAAAGGCAGUUCUUGGCAGACCAAGUCAGUUGGUCAGGUAAGAGUAACUUGUGGCAUAAAUCGGUGUCCCAUGGCCGUGAUAUAUUAUCUCUAAAUGAUAGUCGGGCAUCGUGCAGGGAAACAAACACGAAGUGGAUGUAACUUAACCCUUAUGUUGGAAACAAACAUUAUGUUCUCAUCCAGAUUCACAUGGAUUUAUUUUCCAAGCUACAUCGCACAAUAUUACAGGAGCUUUUUAAAGGACCUGCUCCGUGUUAUCAUUUUUGCCAUGGAAAAAAACAUUGCGAUACUGGUAUCAUCGCAGCCUAAUCGUUAUAUGGUUGGUCACUGUGAGUUCCAUAUUACGAUCUCCACUUCCUUCUAUACGGUCUCAGUAUUGGUUUGAAGUCGAUCGUUGGACGUAGUAUUUUUGCUCACUGUAAACAUGCGUAUACAGAGCAUUCAUUCGGAAAGUAUUCAGACCCCUUGACUUUCCACAUUUUGAUACGUUAGUCUUAUUCUAAAAUGGGUGAUUUUUUUUUUCUUUCUUAUCAAUCUAAACCUUAAAACCCAUCAUGACAAAGCAAAAACGGGUGUUUAGAGAUUUUAGCAAAGAUAUAAAGGUGAAAUCACAUUUACAUAAGUAUUCAGACGCUUUGAAGCACAUUUGGCAGUGAUUACAGCCUCGACUUCUUGGGUAUGAUGCUACAAGCUUGGCAGAACUGUAUUUGGAGAGUUUCUCCCACUCUUCUCGGCAGAUCCUCUCAAGGUCUGUCAGGUUGGAUGGGGAGUGUCGACGCACAGCUAUUUUCAGGUCUCCAGAGACGUUAGAUCGGGUUCAAGUCCGGGCUCUUGCUGGGCCACUCAAGGACAUUCAGAGACUUGUCCCGAAGCCUCUCCUGCGUUGUCUUGGCUGUGUGCUUAGGGUCAUAUUCCUGUUGGAAGUUGAACCUUCGCCCUAGUUAGAUGUCCUGAGUGCUUUGGAGCAGGUUUUCAUCAAGGAUCUCUCUGUACUUUGCUCCAUUCAUCUUUCCCUCAAUCCUGACUAGUCUACCAGUCCCUGCUGCUGAAUAACAUCCCCACAGCAUGAUGCUGCCACAACCAUUCUUCACCGUAGGGAUGUUGCCAGGUUUCCUCCAGAUGUGACGCUUGGCAUUCAGGCCAAAGAAUUCAACCUUGGCUUCAUCAGACCAGAGAAUCUUGUUUCUCGUGGUCUGAGAGUCAUGUGCCUUUUACUGAGGAGUGGCUUCCGUCUGCUGAGAUGGUUUUCCUUCUGGGAGAUUCUCCCAUCUCUAAAGAGGAACUCCCAUUGGGAUCCUGGCCAGCUCUAGGAAAAGUCUUGGCGGUUCCUAACUUCACUGUGUUCUUGGGGACCUUCAGUCCUGCAGACAUUUUUUGGUGUUCCUCGACACAAUCCUGUCUCGGUACUCUACGGACAAUUUCUUCGACCUCAUGGCUUGGUUUUUACUCUGAAAUGCAGUGUCAACUGUGGGGCCUUUUAUAUAGACAGGUGUGUGUGUGCCUUUCCAAAUCAUGUCCAAUCAAUUGAAUUUACCACAGGUGGACUCCAAUUUAGUUGUAAAAACAUCUCAAGGAUUAUAAAUGGAAACAGGAUGCACCUGAGCUCAAUUUAGAGUCUCAUAGCAAAGGUUCUGAAUACUCAUGUAAAUAAGGUAUUUAUUUAUUUAAUAAAUUGGCAAAAAUUUCAAACUGUUUUCACCUUGUCAUUAUGGGCUAUUGUGUGUUGAUUAAGGAAUGUUUUAAAUUUAAUCCAUUCUAGAAUAUUGCUUCUAGAAUAUUGCUAACAUAAUACUGGAAAAAGUCAAGGAGUCUGAAGACUUUCCAAAUGCACUGUACAUUUCUUUUUUUAAUAUCUAUUUGAGAACUGUUUUAUACAUGAUGGAUUAUUAUAGGAAUUGACAUAAGCAGUUCAGAGUUUCUGAAAAAUGUCCUUUUCUAAAGACGGAAUAGGACCUUAGGUUUAUUUUUACACUUCUAUCAAGAUGAGUGCCGUGAGGAGAGAAUGUUAUGUUUAAUCAGUUUACAUUCACAAUCAAUCUCGGUAAUAAAGAAACAUUAAUAGACUGCACAGAGUAUUUUUACAUGCUGUCAGCCCAUUAUCAAAAAGAUAUCGGUAUGACCUGUGAGUUGCAACUCUGCCUGAAUUUUAGUGAGUCCUGUAGUCCUCUAGAUGGCGAUAUGUACAAUGUAAAUUUGCCACCGAUUUAAAAUGGAUUGGUCACAUGAGAUUAAAGGUGGUAAGGUUCUCAGUUGAUGCAAUUUGCUGUUGAUAAUUUUUUUGCAGGCCUUUUGAAAUGAUUCAUUUUUAAAUAUGGUACACAUGGUCUUGCAUCACAUCCAUAAAAGGGCUCUCAAAAUUGAGCUUCUUGAUGUUCAAAGAACUGCGUUUGUUUUCACACCAGCCAAAUAAAUUCUUAGGUUGCCCCCUUUAUUGGUUAAUUAAACAUUUGUUAUAUUUGAGCAAUCUUGCACAAGCCAUGCUAUUUGUAUCAACUUUGCACAGAUGGACAGACAUGUGUGCCCAGACCUUUUGUUCCUCUUUCGGAAGAUGAUGGCUUUUUUAUUCACAUAAUACACUGUAAAUAAAAAAAGAAUUUUGUCACAAA